CUUUCUCUAUCAAAUAAAUAAAUAAAAUCUUAAAUAAAAACAAUGUGAUUAUCACUAAGAAAUGGUAUAAUUUAAUUGAUUAGUUCAAAUAGAUUUGAAUAGUUGCAUAGAUUAAAUAAUGGCUUAGAUCAGUGACUCAAUCAUGGCUGCACAGUUGAGUCACCCAGGGAACUGUCGAAAAGAAACAAAGCCUGGCUAUUCCCCAUACACUUAAGUCAGCAUCUCUCAGAGAAGGAUGGCAUGGGACCCAGGUCUCAUAAUUUAUUAAUAUACUUGGCAUUUCCAGUGUUCAGUUAGGGCUGAAAACCACUUGUUUAGGUAAAGGUUUGAGUAAGUUUUCAAAAGUGGAGGUUAAGGGAAAUUAAGAUGACAUGAUACUAAUUGCAGGCUUGUUGUAUUUUAUGUAAUCCUAAAUGGGAAUUAAUGGAAUGGACCUUAGAUACUUACAUAAAGUAGAGGCUGUACUGUAGUUGUUUUUUAAAUAAGAUCCGAUUGAAAAUUUACUGGUGGCCAGAAUUUCCUGCUUUGUUAGACAACCUGAUCUGUUUCCAGGUAUCAUACUAUUACAAUAUUGACUUGUAAUAGGUUUUUUUGUGACUACACUCAUUACUCCUCUAAUCCUGCCCUCUGGAGCAAUGCAAAAUAAAUAUCCUUGUUCCAUAGGACCUGUAGACACAUGAAAACCAUUCUCUUGGUUCCAUGAAGUAAUUUCUUAUGUAGUUUAACAUCCCUCAUUAUUUCAGCCUUUAUUCAUGUGACACUGAAAAGUAAGUUCCGGGAAAGGUUAAGAAACCUCCUAGUAAGUAUUGGAGCAGGAGCUGGAAUCUGGGGAGGCUGGCUACAGAAUCCGUGCUGUUAGCCACGGUUGGAAAUACGCACUUGACAGUGAGGAGCAAGCUUGGGAUAGAAGACAGUGUUCUCCUCACUGUAGCUGAAACAGUGCUGUUGUGUGCCUGGCAGUGGGAUAGACAGUGGGGAUAAAACAAGUAGGUAUACUGUGUGUCCUGAAAGUGCCCGGAUUGGGGGGGGACUUUGAAAGUGGAGACUGAGAGAUGCAGCGAGGGGAAACCUACAUUAAAGUUUAUCAUCAUUGUGUAAAUCGUAGAGAAGACUGAGAACCAAGAUAUACAGAGGGAAGCUAGGUGAGGAUGGAAACCAAGUAAAUAAAGAGCUUCAAGAACGAUCAAAGGGCCAACAGUGUCCUCUGUAUUAGAGGUCAUUGGUGAGAACCGUUUUAGUGGUGUGGCAGGGCAGAAGCCAUACUGCUUUUAUUCAUGUAAAUUUGCGUAGAACUGAGAUGGAAAUCCAUAAGAUCUCCAGAAGACAAAGGGGAAAACAAUAGAAAAGAAAACAGAUUCAAAAGAACUAUAAAUACAAGCAUGGGAAAUAUUCAAACUUGGUAUUCAAAAGGUGGAAAUUAAAAAUACAUUCUAAAUUUAAAACAACUUAAAAAUGCAAUGUUUAUAGACUUCUGUUUCUGGCCAACAUGGAAUAACAGGGACAACGACAACAACAACAUACAGACAGACAGACAAAUACAUGAAACAAUUGUUCUAAGACCCUGGACAUCAGAUGACAAAGGACAGUCAUCCCUGGGAGAUGGAAAAUCAAUGAGGUAAGCCUUCUGAUUGCUCCGGUUUACUGCCUUGAGAGGGUUUCCCAUUUACAGCAGAGGAAGGUGAAACUGAGGUGGAGCCCAGCAGACUUUCGAGUGAAGGAUGGAUCUGAGAAUCUGAUCUGGGGAGAGCAAAGCAGCUGGAGUUCGUAGGACAGACCACCAGAGAUGAGAGGUCUGCAAAGGGUCUCCCACGAGUACUCAAGAGCACAGAGCAGCACAUAUGUGUGAGGAAACUCCACAAGGCCAGGGAAGGAAUCCUCCAUAGUGCUGGAGGGAAUAGUCCUGAUAUUUGCAUGGGGAAUACUGCCUAUUACCACUAGCCAGACUGGAAAACUCUUGUAAUUUCUGGAACAUUGGGAGUGGAACUAUUUAUGUAAAGCACUGAAAGGAAAAUUGACUCUACUUAGAAUUCUAAAUUCAGCAAAAAUAUAUUUCAACAACAAAGUCAAGACGACAGAAUGGGAGAAAAUAUUUGGAAGUUAUAUAUCUGAUAAGGGUUUAAUGUAUAUAAGAUACAUAAAUACACGUAUGUGCUCACAUGUAGAAUAUGUAAAGAACUACAACUCAAUAACAAAAGCACAAACUAUCCAAUUUAAAAAUGGGCAAAGGACUUGAACAGACAUUUCUCCAAGGAGGAUAUGCAAAUGCCACUAAGUACAUGAAAAUAAUGUAAAUCAAAACUACCAUGAAAUACCACUUCACCCCAACUAGGAUGCCUAUAAUAAUUUGAAAAAUGGAAUAACAAGUUUUGGAAAGCAUGUGGGGAAAUUGGAUCUCAGCAUCACAACUCACAGUGACACUGCCACUGUGGAAAACAGUUGUGGGUCCUCAAAAAGUUAAACACACAAUUACCAUAUGCCCUAGCACUUCCCACUUCUAGGUAUAGCCUGGAAGGAAUUGAAAGCAGGGACUCAAGCUGGUACUUUUUAUGCCAGUGUUCACAGCAGCAUGUGCACAAGAGCCAGUAGAUGGAAACAAAACCAGGGGUCCAUCAGCAGAUGGAGGGACAGACAGGAUGUGGUCUCUCCAUACAAUGGAAUAUUAUUUGGCCAUUAGAAGGAAUGAAGUUCUGAUUCAUGCUACAGCAUGGUUGUACCUUGAAGACAUGAUGUGGAGUCACGUAAGCUAGACACAAAAGGACAAACAUUGUAUGAUACCAUUUAUAUGCAUUUUCUAGAAUUGGCAAAUUCAGAGAGACAAAGUAGAUCAUAGUUCAUUGGCGUCUGAGAGGAUCCAGGAGUGGGGAGUUCGGUCAAUGUUUUAGAGUUUCCAUUGGGGUGAUGAGAAAGUUCUGGAAUUAUUAGUGGUGGUUGUACACUAUUGUGAAUGUAAUUAAUGCCACUGAAUUGUACGCUUAACAAUAAGAUAGCAAAGUUAAUUUUUACUACAAUUUUAAAGAUAAUAUAAUUGCCAAAAACCAUUGGAUUGUAUACUCUGAGUGGAUGAAUUGUAUGGUAUGUGAAUUAUAUCUUAGUAAAGCUGUUUGGAAAAAAAAAGGCAAAAUGAAGACAUUGUCAGACUUAAAAAGCUGAAAGAAUUCAUUAUCAGCAGACCCACAUUGCAGGAAAUGUUAAGAGAUGGCCUUCAGGGAGAAAGGAAAUGAAACCAAGUGGAAAUCUGGAUCUACAGGAAAGAAUGAAAAGCAGUGGCAAUGGUAACUACGUAGCUUCCUCUUCUCAGGAUCUCCUGUUAGUCAAACAAGAAUCAUCAAGAACAAGAAGGGGAUGGAAGCCGAGUCAGUACCUGCCGGGUCCCAUACACUGGUGACCUUCAGGGAUAUACUUGUGAACUUCACCAGGGAGGAGUGGAAGCUGCUGGACUCUGCCCAGCAGAUCAUGUACAAAGAUGUGAUGCUGGAGAACUAUAAGAACCUGGUUUCCUUGGGGCAUCAGCUUCCUAAACCACACGUGAUCCUCCAGUUGGAGAAAGGGGAAGAGCCGUGGCUGGUGGAGAGAGGGAUUCACCAGGAGACCCAGGCAGAUUUGGAGACUGCAGUUGAAAUUAAAUCAAUUUCCAGUAAGAGCAUUUCUAAAAAUAAACAGUCCUGUGGCAUUAAAAUGGAAGGAAUUGCAAAGAGUGAUCUUUGGUACUUGUCAUUAGAAGAAGUCUGGAGAUGUGAAGACCAGUUGGACAAGUAUCAGGAAAACCAGGAGAGACAUUUGAGGCAAGUGGCGUUCACCCAAAAGAAAGUACUUACUCAGGAGAGAGUCUGUGAAAAUGGUAAAUAUGGGGGAAACUGUCUUCUUCCUACUCAGCUGGUACUGAGAGAAUAUUUCCACAAACAUGACUCACAUACUAAAAGUUUAAAACAGAAUUUAGUUUUUAGCAGUCAUCAGGAAAGCUAUGCAGGUAGCAGUGAAUGUGGUCCAACCUUCUGUCAAAACAUUCACCUUAUUCAGUUUGCAAGAACCCAGCCAGGAGAUAAGUCCUACAAAUGCCCUGAUCCUGUGAACUCUCUUACCAGUACAUCCCUCGGUAUAUCAAAGGGUGUACAUAGGGAGAAACCCUAUGAAUGUAAGGAGUGUGGAAAAUUCUUCAGCUGGCGCUCUAAUCUUACCAGGCACCGGCUUAUUCAUACUGGAGAAAAACCCUAUGAGUGUAAAGAAUGUGGAAAAUCUUUCAGCCGGAGUUCUCACCUCUUUGGACAUCAGAAGACUCACACUGGUGAAGAACCCUAUGAAUGUAAAGAGUGUGGGAAGUCCUUCAGCUGGUUUUCUCACCUUGUCACGCAUCAGAGAACUCACACAGGAGACAAACUGUACACAUGUAGCCAGUGUGGGAAAUCUUUUGUUCACAGUUCCAGGCUUAUUAGGCACCAGAGAACUCAUACUGGAGAGAAACCUUAUGAAUGUCCUGAGUGUGGGAAGUCUUUCAGACAGAGCACACAUCUCAUUCUGCAUCAGAGAACUCACGUGAGAGUGAGGCCCUAUGAAUGUAAUGAGUGUGGGAAGUCUUACAGCCAGAGAUCUCACCUUGUGGUACACCACAGAACUCACACGGGACUGAAGCCCUUUGAGUGUAAAGACUGUGGAAAAUGCUUCAGUAGAAGCUCUCACCUGUUCUCCCAUCAGAGAACCCACACUGGAGAGAAACCAUAUGAAUGCCACGAUUGCGGGAAAUCUUUCAGCCAGAGUUCUGCCCUCAUUGUGCAUCAGAGAAUUCAUACUGGAGAAAAGCCAUAUGAAUGUUGCCAGUGUGGAAAAGCCUUCAUCCGGAAGAACGACCUUAUUAAGCAUCAGAGGGUUCAUGUUGGGGAAGAGACCUAUAAGUGUAAUCAGUGUGGGAUUAUCUUCAGCCAGAACUCUCCAUUGAUCGUACAUCAGAUAGCCCACACUGGAGAGCAGUUCUCAACAUGUAACCAGUGUGGGACAGCACUCGUCAGUAGCCCUAACCUUGUUCGAUACCAGACCAGUCACAUUAGAGGAAAUGCUUAUUAGUAUAGUGAAUGUGGAGAGUUCUUUACAAAGAGCAAUAACUUUAUUUUGCAUUGGAAACUCUGGAAAGAAGCUGUGUAGACGUAAUCUGUGCAGAAAUGCUGUCAGUCUUGUUAUCCUUUUGUGCACUAGAGAACUGGUCCUAGAAGGGGAAAUAACCCACAGAUUUCAUUUUAGUACACAAAUACAUCAGCCUUUUUUUCCCACAAAUUCCUACAAAAGCAGUUGUCCUUGGAGCAUUCUUGACCAAGCCUUAAAAUGCUAAAAUCUGAGAGGGAACCAUUAAUUAGGUGAGUUGUUGAGAGAUUAACCAACUUUGUUACCUUCUUCAAAAAAGGUAAAUCAAUGAGUGUUGCUACUGCAAUGAAUAAAAAAAUUGAUAAACAAAAAUUGAUACACAAAAGUGGAAAAAUAGUAUUCCAGCCCCCCCCCCUUUUUUAACCUAAUUGUCCUCUUCUGGGACAUAUAGUAGUGUUUACUCUGUUUUAUGUGUCUGAUUUAAACCACAUUUUGGUUAGCAGCAGGGAAAAUGUUUAUAAUGUAAAGCAGAAAAAGAAAACAUUUAUUAGUAAUGGUACUUACUUUAAAUAUAUUUGCAUGUGGGCAAGAAUUGGAAAAGUAUUCAUGGAUAAAUGACCAGAAAUGAUUUGUUAGGUAAUGGGAUUGAGUGAGUUUUAUAGUUUAUUCCAUGUCACUCUGACAAUUAUUUGAAGAUAUUUUUGAAUAGUAAGAAAAGGAUAACCAGCUUCUCUAUUCUAUCAUCAGGGAUGCUCAAGAAUCAUCUGUUAGCAGACUUUCCCAUUCUGUGUUGUUUUGGGACAUAGUUAGAGUUUGUCUCUAACUAUUUGUCUCUUUGAGACAGGGUGCUAAAUGCUUCUGGGAAUUUAGAAACAGUGAUUCUGUGGACAUUGGGAUCUAGAGGAAGAUUAGGUAUUUCAGCACAUCAGGAAAGGUCCCCAUUUGAGUGGGAGCAGGUACUUGGGCCAUACUUAGAGCAACUAUGAUCAUGAAAUAAACAGCUCUGCCCAAAGCCCCCUCCUUCCAAGGUAGUCCUUCAUCUUUAUAAAGGGAACAUAGUGGUUAAAUAGCAUAAGCUUGAGGUAGACUACCCAAGUUGAAAUUUCACCUCUGUCCUUAUCUUGCUGAGUGAGCUUGGGCAUGCUGCCUAAUGUUUCUGUGCCUAACUUACAGAAUCUGCUUCUGUAAAUUAGGGAUAUUACUUACCUGGUAGGAUGUGGUGGGUAUUAAGUGGGUAAACACAUAAGCAGCUUUAUGAUUUAUACAUAAGUGCUUUAUGAUUGCUAGCUAUGGUGCUUAGUGUUGCUGUCGUGGCCCAACCGUGGUGUGUGCCAUUGAACUUUAACCUGCCUGAGUGUAAGAGCUCAUAGUGCUCGCUGUCCUCCCAGCCGUGUUUCCCUCUUAUCUCUGUCAGCCCUUAGCCUGAGGAAAGCCCUGCCUGUAGUGGGUGUGUAGACUCAUUUCUGAGGAGCAGUAAACAACUUGUAGUAUUGUAUGCAAAGUCAUCUUGUUUGUAGAGAGGUUUUCUUUUCUAGGGAGAGGAGCCUAAUCUUCAGAUUCUGUGGUAAGUUCAUGCUAAAAGUUCCUCCUAAAAAGAUUUAGCAAGAGAACUUGUUUAAAUUCUUUCUGUUAAUGGAUCUCCUGUGUGUAGGGACUAGCCAUUAUCUUCCGUUUGCAUAUAACAGAAUAUAUGUUAGGUGCUUAAUGUUUGAGGGUUGAAAGCUAAAUAUUUUUGAGAGCAAGAGGACAAAGAUCUUGAUGCCUGCCUCACAGGAAAGAUCUAGAAAUGAUUGCUAAUGUCAUGAGACUUGGGAUCCACAGGGAAAAUAAGACCAUCUAACUCAUACUCUUCAUUAUACAGUUGAGAAACGGUGAGUUGGCGCAGGUCUUACAUUUUGAGUAGUCAGGCCCAGAACUAGACCUCUGGUCUCUCGGUUACUACUGCUGUCCUUGGUGCAUGUAUACCAGUGGCACGUAUAAUACGCUCCUGUCAGGAGUUUUCAUGAUAAGCAGCGGUUCUUCAUGGGAGUGGAAGAGUAGCCCCUUAGCUUGGUUUCUGUUAACCUGUGGCUCAAUUUUCCUCAACUGUGUAAUGGAGGUACUUCUAGUACCUACCUCAGAGGGUUGUUGCAUGGAUUAAGUGAGAUAAUGUGUAUAAAGUAUUUAAAACAGUGCCUGGCACACAAGUACUGUAUGUGUUAGCUACUGCUACUAUUACUAACACUAACACACUAAGGAGUGUAGGAAGAGAGAAAUGUCUGUGGAUGAUCACUGAAAUAUUACUUAUAAUAGUCCAGAAAUUUGCAGUAUAAAAUGUAUAGUAGCAAAAUGGUUAUUUAUAGCAUAUCCAUUGUCAUGGAAUAUUAUGUAGACAUCAAAAUUAUGCAGACAAAGUUAACAGAAAUGUUGAUGCUAUCAUGUGUUUUGAAUAAAGCAUGAUAAAUAAGUGUUAAUAUGGAGUAAACUCAGAUGUAAAAAUAAAUGAAUUGUAAAUAAAUGAAUCUUGCUCAAA